UAAACAUAAGUCCUCAUCUCCUGGAGCUCAUAAUAUCCUCCCGUCCUGCAUUUCUGUUUGAACCUGUGGAAGACAUCUUUCUAGCCUGACAAGAUGUGCGACCAGUUUGUGGGCACCUGGAAGUUCGUUUCUAGUGAAAACUUUGAGGACUAUAUGAAAGAACUGGGUGUGGGGUUUGCUACCAGGAAGAUGGCUGGUGUGGCCAAGCCCAAUGUAACUAUCAGCAUCAGUGGUGAUGUGAUAACCAUCAAAACAGAAAGUACUUUCAAAAAUACAGAGGUCUCUUUCAGGCUGGGUGAAGAGUUUGAUGAGACCACAGCAGAUGACAGAAAAACAAAGAAUGUCAUAACCCUAGACAACGGCGUACUGAACCAGGUGCAGAAGUGGGAUGGAAAAGAGACCAUCAUAAAGAGAAAAGUGGUGGAUGGAAACCUGGUGGUGGAAUGCACCAUGAAUAAUGUUUCCUGCAAAAGAGUUUAUGAAAAAGCAUGAAGAAGUCACCUUCACACAGGAUUAAUGCUUGAAGCUGGAGAAAAACAACUUAACCAAAGGAGAAAAACUCCAUAAAUCUGUUUUAAAGAGAACUGUACUUUUUUCAGAUAUAUCCCAAAACAGUUACAUGCCGCUGGUCUAAUUUGUUGUGCCUAUUCAAUAAAAUAUUCUGCUUUCUACAA